AUGUCUGGCUACGACGGCGGAUACAGCGGCGGCGGUGGCCGCGGAGGAGGUGGCUACGGCGGUGGUGGACACGGCCGUGAUCGCGGCGAUCGUGGUGGUGACCGAGGCGGUGACCGCAAUGGUUACGGCGGUGGUGGCUACGGAGGCCGAGGCAACGGAUACGGUAACGGAAAUGGUUACGGCGGCGGCGGUGGUUUCGGAGGUGGUGGUUUUGGAGGCGGCUAUGGAGGAGGUGCCGGCGGUGACCGCAUGGGUGCCCUCGGCGCUGGCCUCAAGAACCAGGAGUGGGAUGUCAACUCCCUCCCCAAGUUCGAGAAGUCUUUCUACAAGGAACACCCCGAUGUCACAAACCGAUCUGACGCUGAUGUGGAAGCCUUCCGCCGUAAGCACCAGAUGACCAUCGCUGGCAAGGAUGUUCCCAGACCCGUCGAGACUUUCGAUGAGGCUGGCUUCCCCAGAUAUGUCAUGGAUGAGGUCAAGGCCCAGGGCUUUCCUGCCCCUACCGCCAUUCAGUCCCAGGGUUGGCCCAUGGCUCUUUCCGGUCGUGAUGUCGUUGGUAUUGCCGAGACAGGCUCCGGAAAGACUCUUACGUAUUGUCUCCCCUCCAUUGUCCACAUCAACGCCCAGCCUCUCCUUGCCCCCGGCGACGGCCCUAUUGUCCUCGUCCUUGCCCCCACUCGUGAACUUGCUGUUCAGAUUCAGGAAGAGAUGAAGAAGUUCGGCCGAUCUUCUCGCAUCCGAAACACUUGUGUUUACGGUGGUGUCCCUAAGGGUCCUCAGAUCCGCGAUCUCUCUCGAGGAGUUGAGGUCUGCAUUGCCACCCCUGGCCGCUUGAUUGAUAUGCUUGAGGCUGGUAAGACUAACUUGCGCCGUGUCACUUACCUCGUUCUCGACGAGGCUGAUCGCAUGCUCGACAUGGGUUUCGAGCCCCAGAUUCGCAAGAUUAUUGGCCAGAUUCGACCUGACCGACAGACUCUGAUGUGGUCCGCUACCUGGCCCAAGGAGGUCCGCGCUCUGGCUUCCGACUUCCUCCAGGAUUUCAUCCAGGUCAACAUUGGUUCCAUGGAGCUCGCUGCCAACCACCGUAUCACACAGAUUGUCGAGGUUGUCACAGACAUGGAGAAGCGUGACCGCAUGAUCAAGCACCUUGAGAAGGUUAUGGAGAACAAGGAGAACAAGAUCCUCAUCUUUGUCGGCACAAAGCGAAUUGCUGACGAGAUCACUCGAUUCCUCCGCCAGGAUGGAUGGCCCGCGCUCUCCAUUCACGGAGACAAGCAGCAGAACGAGCGUGAUUGGGUGCUUGACCAGUUCAAGACCGGAAAGUCCCCCAUCAUGGUGGCUACUGACGUGGCCUCGCGUGGCAUCGAUGUGCGCAACAUCACUCAUGUGUUGAACUACGACUACCCCAACAACUCGGAGGACUACAUUCACAGAAUUGGUCGUACCGGCCGUGCCGGUGCCAAGGGUACCGCCAUCACCCUCUUCACUACUGACAACCAGAAGCAGGCCCGUGAUCUUGUCAAUGUUCUCCAGGAGGCCAAGCAGCAGAUUGACCCUCGCCUUGCUGAGAUGACUCGAUAUGGUGGCGGUGGUGGUCGCGGCUACGGUGGAUGGGGACGUGGUCGCGGCGGUGGUAGAGCCAACGCCAACAGCCAGCCCAUCGGCAACCGCAACCGUCGAUGGUAA